AUGGAGCCAUUGCUAGGGGGCGACGAGAUCAACGCCACCCACCACGACCACCGAGUUGUACAAGCUGGCGAAGAAGAUGUCAGUGGUGGAAGCGGACAUGUUAUAGAAGAUGUUGAGGGUGGCACCGGAGGUAAUGGACAAAUGGGGUUCCUCGGCACCGAAGAGAAGGAUGCUGCAGCGACACCGACACGUACUGGGUUCCAUUUCCAACCAGAGAGAACUUAUGAACGCUGA